UAUAAUUAAUCUGUAUUUUUCUGGUAGACUAUUAUUUUAAAUAAUAUUCGUCAGUUUGGCGUUGCUUGACACAUAUAAAGUAUCAGUCAUUCAAGUUGGAUCCAGUCGCUCCCAGUAACUAUAAUGGCAUACAUUAUCGUAUACACGCUCAUCAUUAUCGCAGCGGCUUGGUUUGCGAAGUUUUUAUUUGACGUGUUCAGCGUGAGGAGAAAACUGAGGAACGUGAAGACACCACCAGACAAUCUGUUGCUGGGCGAAUCUUUUAAAUUUACAUCUACUGCACAUUUUAUACCUGCUCUUACAAAGUAUUUUAAACAUUUCGGAAACCAUCUGAACAUUUACCAUGGGUUUCUAUUUUCCUUUAUUUUAACUGCUGAUACAAAAUUUUUGGAACACAUCUUGACUUCUACAAAAAUCUUGAAAAAAUCUGAAGAUUAUGCAUUUUUUAAGCGUUGGCUUGGAGAGGGUCUCCUGACAUCGACUGGGCAAAAAUGGUUUCGAUCGAGGAAAAUUUUAACACCUGCUUUUCAUUUUCAAAUUCUUGAACAGUUCAUAGAAACGUUCCACUCCAAAUCGAAUAUCUUACUGGAAAAAAUAGAGAAGAUGAAUGGAAACUCUUUCAAUAUUUAUCCAUUUGUAACGUCUUACACUUUGGACGUUAUAUGUGAAACUGCUAUGGGAACUAACGUUAACGCACAAUUAAAUGCCGAAUCUGCAUAUGUGAAGAGCGUGAGGACUAUGGGAGAAAUUGUUGCUCGUAGAAGUUUCAAUAUUUUUACACAGAACGAUUUCUUAUACUUUUUCACUAAAGAUUAUAGAACGGAAAAGAAACUUGUUGCAAUAAUCCACGAAUAUACAAAUUCCGUAAUCGCGCAACGUAAGAAAGUGUUAGAAUCACAGAAUAUCGAUACAAAAGUUAAUGAACUCGGCAGAAAAAGACGUUUGGCGUUCUUAGAUUUGAUGCUUCAAUCUUCAGUUGAUGGGCAGAUAUUAACCGAUGAAGAAAUUAGGGAUGAAGUUAAUACGUUUAUGUUUGCUGGUCAUGAUACAACUGCAUCAGCUUUAACCUUUACAAUGUUUUGCUUAGCUCAAAAUACAGAAAUUCAGAAUAAAGUCCUUGAAGAGUUAAAACUAAUUUUUAGAAACGACGAAGAUAAAUAUAGACCUAUUGUUUAUAAGGAUCUUCAAGAAAUGAAAUACUUAGAAAUGGUCAUAAAGGAAUCGUUGCGAUUGUUUCCACCAGUGCCAAUUAUUGCAAGAGAAGUCGAUGAAGAUAUUAAUUACGAUGGAGUGACUUUGCCGCCAGGAGUGCCACUGGGAAUGUUUACGUAUGGUCUUCACAGGGACCAAAAUAUUUUUCCGGAUCCAGAAAAAUUUGAUCCCGAACGUUUCACCGCUGAAAAUCAAUCUAAACGGAAUGCAUUUAGUUAUAUACCUUUUAGUGCAGGACCGCGAAAUUGUAUUGGACAAAGAUUUGCCAUGUUCGAAAUUAAAUCUACACUUGCUAUGGUUUUAAGACGCUUUCAACUACUGCCCGUUGAAGAUUUUGAAAUGAUUCUCUCUUACGAAAUUGUUUUAAAAUCUAAAAAUGGGGUAUAUAUAAAAUUUGCAGAAAGGAUAUUUUGA